CUGUGCCCCGGUGUGACAUACAAGCUAAGUACCAAAACCAACCCAAAAACCACUCUAAACCAACCCAGCCCAAGGAAAGGCCUAGAGAAAACCAUGAGACGAAAUGAACUUGAAUCAGACGAGGAGGGAUAAAUUAAAUCUAGAACUUUUUGACGAAUCAAACCGAUAUUGCUUAAUUAAUACGAACCGAACCAAAAAUCAUCAACAAUCCUCUUCGUUCUUCUUCCUUCAAGCGAUCUUUGAUCGCUCUUAAUUCUCCAUGAACCCCAGCCCGCUCCCGGUUACUAGCGCCACCACCUCUGGCCAAUCAACAGGCGACCACCACCUCCGGUCACUUUUUGUGACUCUACCCUUAUAUUUUCUUAAUCAUUCUGCUCUGUUUGACCCUCUAUUGCGCGAAAGGACAAGCGAGAGGAGGGCAGUUCGCGACUCCGGCCACCAACGCCUCCGCCCGCGAGUUUUAGUGCACUAGAUGAGUCAAGGACGGCCUUACCCUUCCUCUUAUACCAAUCUUUGCAAUCAGUUUUGUGUUCUAUUGCGAAAAAAUAUCGAACCAUAAGCAGCUCAGUCAAGGUUAACUCGUCAAUACAGUCAACUGUCAUCUGUUCUUCAUAAGAUCUUCUCCAAUGGCAAAGGAUCAAUCAAUUUCUGUUAAAGACACUGUUCAUAAGCUCCAACUUUCCCUUCUUGAAGGCAUUAAAAAUGAAGAUCAGCUAUUUACAGCUGGAUCUUUGAUGUCUCGUAGUGACUACGAAGAUGUUGUUACAGAGCGAUCAAUAGCAAACCUGUGUGGUUAUCCGCUUUGCAACAAUUCCCUGCCAUUGGAUCGUCCUUACAAGGGCCGAUAUCGCAUUUCGUUGAAAGAGCAUAAGGUUUACGAUCUACAUGAGACAUACAUGUAUUGCUCUUCCAGUUGCAUUGUUAAUAGUCGAGCUUUUGCAGGCAGCUUACAAGAAGAGAGAUGCUCAGUUUUAAAUCCAAUGAAACUUGAUGAGAUCUUAAGGAUGUUCAAUAAUUUGAGCUUGGAUUCGAAAAAUUUGGUAGAAAAUGGGGACUUAGGGUUAUCUAAUUUGAAGAUUCAAGAGAAGAUAGAAAGUAAUGUGGGUGAGGUAUCAUUGGAAGAGUGGAUUGGUCCAUCAAAUGCAAUUGAAGGCUAUGUUCCACAAAGAGAUCGUGACUUCAAGGGUUCAUCAUUCAAAAAUCCCAAAGAAGCAUCAAAAGCUAUCAGUACCAAACCAGUCAAUAAGCAAGAAUGUUUCUUUAAUGACAUGGAUUUUAUGAGCACUAUAAUAACUAAAGAUGAGUACAGCAUUUCAAAAGCUCCCUCUGGUUCAAUUAGCACUGGCUCUGAUAUGAAAUUACAAGAACAAAGGGGGAAAGAAACUCACAAAGGCUCAGAGGCUCAGUCGUCUUCUCCUGGAAAGCAUGCUUUUGUUAAGACAUCAAGAAAAUCGAAAGGAGGGAGGAGUAAACAAAUCAUUAAAGAAGAACUUAGUGAUAAAGACCUGCUUUCAGCUUCAAAUUACUCUCAAACCGGUUCCAGUAUGAAUAAUGCUGAACCUGAAGAGAAAUCGGGAGCCAAGCAAGCAGCUAAUUUAAGUGAAUCUAUGCUCAAACCCUCUCUUAAACCUUCUGGUGCAAAGAAAUCUGUUCAUUCUGUUACUUGGGCUGAUGAGAAAUUUGAUAACGCUAAAAGUAGAAAUCUUUGUGAGGUUAGAGAAAUGGAAGAUACAAAGUCUGGUCUUGAGAUUUUAGACAGUUUGGAGAACAAUAAUGAUAACAUGUUGCGUUUUGAAUCAGCGGAAGCCUGUGCAAUAGCAUUGAGCCAGGCGGCAGAAGCUGUUGCAUCUGGAGAUGCUGAUGUUAAUGAUGCUAUGUCUGAAGCUGGAGUCAUCGUAUUACCACAACCACAUCAUUUGGCUCCUGGGGAUUCCACGGAUAUUGCUGAUAUGCUUGAACGAGAAUCUGCUUCUCUUAAGUGGCCAGCAAAACCUGCUGUUGAACAAUCUGAUUUGUUUGAUUCCGAGGAUUCAUGGUAUGAUGCUCCUCCGGAGGGAUUUAGUUUGAUGUUAUCCCCUUUUGCAACAAUGUGGAUGGCACUAUUUGCUUGGGUAACUUCAUCUUCCUUGGCUUUUAUAUAUGGAAGAGAUGAAACUGCCCAUGAAGAUUAUUUAUCUGUUAAUGGGAGGGAGUACCCUCAAAAGAUUGUCUUGAGAGAUGGUCGUUCUUCUGAAAUCAAGCUUACUGUUGAGGGUUGUCUUUCUCGGGCUUUUCCUGGAGUUGUUGCUGAUCUCAGGCUGCCAAUACCAAUAUCUACACUGGAGCAAGGAGCGGGGCGCUUGUUGGAUACGAUGUCUUUUGUUGAUGCACUUCCCCCAUUCAGAAUGAAACAGUGGCAAGUCACAGCUUUUCUCUUUAUUGAAGCUCUCUCUGUGUGCAGGAUUCCUGCACUUACUUCAUACAUGACUAAUAGGAGGAUGGUGCUUCACCAGGUGUUGGAUGGUGCCCAGAUAAGUGCAGAAGAAUAUGAGGUUAUGAAGGAUCUCAUGAUUCCUCUUGGCCGAGACCCUCGAGCACGGAGUGGAGCAUAAUGUCUUGAAUAUUUCAUCAGUUCCAUGGAAAAAUUUUGAUUAGUGGCAUCAAAGAUUGAUGAUCUCUGUUUUGAACAAUGAUUCUGACAAUGGUCUUGGAGAAUGAUGGAGUUAUAGCAUAGACACUAAUUUCAGUGCUUUGAAUCGAAAUUGUUUUUGGAAAGGGUUUUGCGCCGGUUCAGGUGUAUCUUCCUAACCAACAAAAAUGAAAAAUAACCAUACAAUGAUGAUUAUAUCAAUGCAGAAGAAGCGAAGUAAUUUCUGUAAAAAAAAUA